AUGCACCAACUAACUGAUCAAAUGGUAUCCGGAUUGAAAAAUUAUAAAUACUCGUGUGUGGACAAUUCACCUUUUUCAAUAUAUGUUAUGCAUCCCUUCUGGAAUUGGUUGGCAAAUUUUUACCCUGUUUGGCUAGCUCCAAACCUCAUAACAUUCACUGGUUUCCUUCUGACUGUGGCCCAUUAUCUCCUAUUGUGCUGCUAUAAUCCCACUUUCUUCUCAACAGUCAAUGUUCCUACUUGGGUUUGGCUCGUUACCGCUUUCCUUGUAUUCAUUGCCCAUACUUUAGAUGGUACAGAUGGAAAACAGGCUCGUCGAACUAGGUCAUCAUCGGCUCUUGGCGAAUUAUUUGACCAUGGAUGCGAUUCGUGGGUGUGUCUUUUUCUUGCUGGAUCAAUGUUCUCAUUGCUAGGUAAUAUUUAUACUGUGAGAGAAAUGUUUAUGGGGCAGUGGGUAUUAAUUAUCACUUUUCUUCUAUCCCAUUGGGAAAAAUACAUCACGGGCACCUUAUUUCUACCUUGGACGUUCGAUACAAGUCAAAUAAUGGUUGCUCUGGUCUUCUUACUCGCCUAUUGGCGAUCACCUACUAUUUUUAUGAAACCACUUUUAUUUGGUUGGUCAAGUGCAGCUAUUUUCAAGUUCACACUCUUUUCUUCAUUUUAUUUUGUUCAUAUACCAAUUACAUUAUGGAAUAUUAUAAGAACUUGUCCAAAUAAACAACCAUGGCAUCGUGGUCUUGGAUUAUGGGGUGUAGUUAGACCUCUUAUACCUGCAGGACUACUUAUAUUUAGUUCAUAUAUAUGGGCUUAUUAUUCACCAUCAAAUUUAUUGGAAAAAAAUACACGUACAUUUUUAUUUUGUUGUGGAACAAUUGCUUCAAAUGUAACAUGUCGUUUGAUCGUCGCGCAAUUAUGUCAUGUCCCAGCGCCAUUGCACAACAAAGAAGUUUAUUUAUAUUCAAUAAUUACCGUUGUUAUAUGUUUCAUUCUUCCAAUAAAUAAAGAUACGUCUAUUGAGUGUAUCGUCCUUCAUUUAAUAACGAGUUUCGUUACAUUGGAUCAUCUUUAUUAUGCUUAUCAAGUGGUAAAUGAAAUUUCAUCAUGUCUUUAUAUAAAAGUGUUCAGUAUUACUCAUUAA